AGGUGACGUCACUUUCCAGAAUUUCCCCCUUCAGACCUCAACGACGAGACGAGAGACCAAGAGCAACGACGUACAGUAUUUACAGUCUGGUCCACACCUCUUUCGGAGACUUUAAAAAAAUUCAAACAACAAGCCGACUUUCAAGCCAAUACUUUACAGGAUGUCUCUGUAUCCAUCCCUGGAGGACCUAAAGGUUGACAAGGUGAUGACGGCCCAGGCCCAGUUCGCCCAGACCACCACAACCACAACCACCACCACCACCACCACCAACCCUGCCAUGCCAGGCAUCACUGAGGGAGGUGACCAGCCACAGCCUGCCAUUGCUGGGAUGCCUUCUUCCUGUUUGUACCCAAAUCUGGAAGAGCUGGGAGAGUACAUGGGCCUAAGCCUCAACAGCGAUGAAGUGCAGAGAAACUUGGCCUUGUUGCCUGUGGCCAACAAUCAAGUGGCAAUGCCCGCCUACUCAGGUGUUGGGGGGAUGGUGUGUCCCGUGACGGGGUCGGACGUCGGCAUCAGGAGGGCCGAGGUUCGCCAAGGCCUGCGGGAAAUUAUUCUCUGCAAGGACCAGGACAGCAAGGUCGGACUCCGCCUCAGGGCAAUUGACAACGGAGUGUUUAUCCAGCUGGUGCAGGCCAACUCCCCCGCCGCCCUAGCUGGGCUGCGCUUUGGGGACCAGGUCCUUCAGAUCAAUGGCCAGAAUUGUGCCGGUUGGAGUGUUGAUAAGGCCCACAAGGCGCUGAAGGCUGCAGCAGAGACCCGCAUCGAGCUUGUGGUCCGGGACAGACCAUUUCAGCGCACUGUCACCAUGCACAAAGACAGCUCAGGCCAUGUGGGCUUCAUCUACAAGUCUGGUAAAAUCACAUCACUGGUCAAGGACGGUUCUGCAGCCCGCAAUGGCCUGCUGACUGACCAUUACAUCUGUGAGAUCAACGGGCAGAAUGUUAUUGGACUUAAGGAUUCCCAGAUUAAGGAUAUUUUGAACACAUCCCCAACCGCCAUGACCAUCACCAUCAUGCCCAAGUUCAUCUAUGAGCACAUGAUUAAGAGAAUGUCCACCAGCCUGCUGAAGUCGGCCAUGGAUCACUCCAUCCCAGAGGUGUGAACGUCAGGAGCGGCACAUGAGAGAUGUCCGUCUCUUCUCUCCCUCCCUUUGUCUGUCUCUUUCUGUCUCCCAUAUCAUCAUCGCCUUCUUUUAUCAACAUAAUCUCACGAUGCCUUGGUUAUAUCUUUUAGUAAUCUUUAUGGUCAUGAGAUUGAAUUUUUUUUGUUUACAGUUUUUUCUUCCUCUGCGGACAAAUGUGGUCCUUUUAAAAACAUUUUCUACGUUCUCCUUGUAGUCCAGAAUGAGACGGGUGUUAUUUUAAUGGUCCGAGAUUGUUUUUCAAGCCAUGCAAACUUCCGAGUCCAGAGCUUCCUCCUCGCGAUGGAGACGAUCGUUCAUUUCUUCCACCUUGUCGUCCAAGAUGCUGUAACAGUCAGCUGCCUGAGCCCCACCGACCACAUGCACUGCUCGCUUAACAUUGUCUAAAGUGUAGGUAAUUUCUAUUUAGUAAGUAUAUUAUACCAUUAUGGUGUUUUUAAGGGUAUGACAUUUUAUUUGUUGAGGGGAAGAUAGUAUUGAAACUGGCUGCGUUUGCAUGGACACAGGUUUAUAUGAACCAGAUUUUGGUGAUAUUGGGAAUGAGAUGCUAUCUCUUCACCCGAAAAAGAUCAAAUUGGAAGCAAGCAUAAAGAAACAUGGCUGACUACUUUGAGAGUACAUCAGUCUGUUUUUAUGAAAGCUAGUAGAUAUGCCAACAAACUACCUUUUUUUUUUUUUUUUUAAAUCUACAUUUUACCAAAUGACUUCCAAAACAGAUAGCAGGAGCAAUAUACUUUUACACCAUUUUGUAUGCAGAACAGGUUGCUAUGCUGAUAUCUGCUAUAACUAAUCGUACAGGUAUCCAUAAAUUAAUCUCCAAUAAGAAACUAGGAACUUCCUAAUUUUCCUUUAACGUAGCAUUAGAUGUGGUGUUUUGAUAUUUAGUGGCAUUUGUGCUAGCAUAUUGUGUAUUCAGAUGGCGCAAAAGUCAGGUCAGCGUUGUCCAUGGAAUCGCAGCCAUUUUGAUGAGCGCUUCCCUAUGUAUGCUGACUGGGUGAGGAAAUAGUCACAGAUAAUAAUGGCCGCAGCUUCCACCAUGUUAGCAUUAGUGAUGCGAGUGCAGUGUGCAGGUUCCGUAUCCACAAACAAUCCCGAUCCACAAAUUGUAGACAGGAUCAUAGUGCAUCAUGGGAUUGGCCAUCUAGGUAGUUUCGAUGGUCGUCGUUCUAAUUGUAGUUGUAUUCGUAAGGGGCCAGGUAUGUGCUGGGUGGACCCACUAAGUGCACUUUCCACUACUUUUAAAUAGGUUGUCUUCCUGUUUCCAUUUCAAAAGCGCUGUUUAUUUUGUUGUUGAAAUCAUUGUGCGUAUGGUGCCUCAUGUUAACAAAACCAUCCUCUUAAUGUUCCCCAUAAGAAGCUGCUCAAAUUAUAUGCUGAAAAUCAACCUUUUGAAUCGAUGUAAGGGUAUAGCGGCCUCUUGCUUCCCCUCCCCCGCCGCCCUAUUUCUGACUGAGGAGCACAGUGAAACCGAGCAGCGUUUAACUCAUUAUUGUUUCUUUUUUACUUCUGUCUAGUUGCUCCUUUUUGGGUGCAUGUAUUCUUUCCGAUUUUCUGGGUAUGCCAUCUUAUGAACAUCCUUCGCAUUCUGUAAAAAAAAAAAAUAAAAAAAUAAAAACAUUUAUAUAUGAAUGUAACCAAGAUAAUACUAUUGUAAAACAAAUAAAGUCUUUUUGUUCACA